AUGCAGCUUGUGUGCUGCUCUUGUCAGGCAGUCACCGGUUGCCUGCAACGGGCCAAGAGAGCCGGACCAGACCUCAGAUUUCCUGCCGGACACCCCCCGCGCAGCCCAAAACAGAGCAGCGCUGCUUGGAGUCCCAGCUGGAAAGCUAAGGUUCAGGAGCUCUCCUUGCGUGGCAUGACCUUGCGCAGCCUGUUGGCGUUUUACCAGGAAGACCUCCAAGCCAAUCUAGAUUUUCAAUAUGCGCCCAAGGACCACAAGACCAGAGAUGUGGUCCGCCGGGUGAUCAUUCCAAUCACCAGCGCAGAGGAAUGUUCCUAUGCAGUAUCAUGUCACAACAGGGACGGUCCUCGAAGAGCCCACGUCAUGGUGACACACAACUGGGGAAAUUGCUUCAAAGAUUUGCUGGCAGCCGUCGUUUCCGAUGCUCUGCAAGAAUGCAGCUUCCAAGUGGCCACAAAGCUGCUGGAAGAAGACGUCGCCCUUCUGUAUGAGAUGCUGAAGGAGAGUUGCCGUUUGGAUGACACAUACUGGAUUUGUGCGUUUGCGGUCAACCGGCACAUGUGCAUAUGCCGCAGCAACCCUUACGACCGCGAUCCGCUUACGAACGUGUUGCAUCCGGUGUGCACUUGCCAUAGCUUGAAUAUCUCUGAUGCAGAUGGCCAAAGCGUUGCGUCAGAGACCAUGUCAUCGAACUUGUUGAUCUCUGACUCAGACAUCAACAAGUUCGUUCACAUGGUGUAUCACCUGGCAUCAACAGGAGGCUGCAGGCAAGUCACUGCGGUGGAGCUAUCUUUUGACUUGUUUAAUCGUGCCUGGUGUGUCGCCGAAAUUGCAGAAGCCAAGCGCCUGCAAAUGAGGCAGUCGCUGCAACUUGCAUCAAAGCGACCAUGA